AUGGAGCCGCCGAGCGCUUCGGACUCGGACUCGGAGGAGGGCGACAUCUGUGGCAUCAUCGAGGCCGAUGGCCUUGCUUUGGAGGAGCUCCCGCCCCUCAGCGCGGGCAGCAAAGCCUGGAGACUCUCCGCCUUGCAAGUUCGGGCCCCGCAGCCCCCUUGCCAGGAGGACGAGGAUGGGGACCUCGUGAUGCCCAGAGCUGCCGCCCCGGAGUAUGCGGAGACAGGUCUCGUCGGCUGGCGGAUUGAGCUGGAGAGAUUGGCCACCUCCCAGUUGGAGCAGGUAGGCUUACAGCUCUGGGCUGGCGCGCUGGUCUUGAGCGACCUGCUCCUGACGCGACCAGAGCUGGUUCGCGGAAGGACGGUGUGCGAACUGGGGGCCGGGCUUGGCCUCUGCUCGCUGCUGGCCUGGCGCCUCGGUGCCCACGUCCUCUGCACGGACGGGAGCGCGGAGGCAGUGGCGAAUUGCCAGGCGAACCUGAAAAGGAACGGUGCUGGUGAGGUGCCCGUGGAGGUCUUGCGCUGGGAGGCACCUCCCACCCCGAAAGAGGGGCACGCAGGUGAUGUUUGGGCUGCGGAGGUACUGCUCGCCGCGGACGUCAUUUACGACGCCGCUGCUGCGCACUCCUUUGCGCAGCUCGUGGCCAGUCUGCUGAAGACAAAGGCCACCGCCUUAUACAUGUCCCUGGAGAAGCGGAUCUACUUCUCAGCCACGACGCUGAAGUCGGAAGUCUCCGUCUAUCCGCAGUUCCUGGAUGACUGUGCACUGCUCGGACUGGAGGUUGAGGUGAUCGACUUGUCUGAGAUCCCAGUGCAUUUCAAAUACCUGCGCUCUCGUUUCUAUGAGCUCGUGGCGAUCACGGCAAAAGCGGCACCGCCCAAGGACACAGCGGACUGA